AAAAAAAAAAGUCUAUAUAUGAUAUAUUUUAAAUUUACAGAGAGAACAUAUCAAUUAACCAACUGGUAGUCGGAAAUUUUUUGGGCAAAAUGUUUGCUCAUUUUUGGCCCACUUGAAAAUAUUUCAGACGCGUCGACACCUAUAGAUUAUAACCAGAAUUUUGUGCCAUUUCAGAAUAUGGGCUUAGAAAUUUUGUGUCAGUUUUUGUUCGAGAGUAGUGAGAGAAUCUUUGAAAGGUCUGAAAUAUUAGUUUGGGCGGAAAAUUUUUUCGAAUUUUUUUUAUAUUUUAACUAUUGUGAUUCGAAACUAAAAGUUGGAACCUUGAUUACUCUAUUAGUAGUAGAGCGAAAUUUGCCCUACAAAAUGUACUAUUGGAGCUUUUUCUGGUUGUUAGGGAAGACAUCUGAAUUUUCGUUUUCCCUAUACUCUCAUUUUUGAGAAAUCGACUUGUUGACCAAAAAGCAUUUUCCACAAAAAGGAGCUUCUGACAAAAAACAUACAACUUUACUUGUGCAAAAAGCUACAACUUAAGUCAAUAUAACACUUUGUAAAUAAGUGUCCGCUCUCCAAAACUAUCGUGUCCGAUAACUUUUAGCAUCUUCGAAAAAGGAUAUAUGUGGAUUAGGAAAAAACUGUUUGUGCGUCAUCCAAAUAAAGUUUUAAGGCCUUUCAAAGAUAUCUUCACUGCUCUUGAACAAAAAAAGAUACAAAAUUUCUAAGCCAUAUUCCGAAACAGGGCCAAAUUCUGGUUCUAACUUAUAACUUUUGAUUCGUUUGAAAUACUUUCAAGCAGGCCAAAAUGAACAAACAUCGUGCCCAGAAAUUUCGGCUCACAUGCUCCGCCCAAACUAAUUUUUCCUGACCUUUCAAAGAUUCUCUCACUACUCCCGAACAAAAACUGACACAAAAUUUCUAAUCCCGUAUUCUGACAUGGCACAAAAUUCUGGUUCUAGUCCAUAGGUUUCGAUUCGUCUGAAAUAUUUUGAAGUGGGCAAAAAAUGAGCAAACAUUUUGUCCUAAAAAUUUCUGACCACCCGUUAUUUAAAUAAUAUUAUGUUUAUUUAAUAGGUGAAAGUAUUCCUGUUUUUCUCAAUAAUAAAGAAACUGAAGGUGGUCAAGGUAAUUUAAUUAAUCCAAUAAAACCAGAAGUUCCAACAGUUGGUCGUCAAUAUGUUGCUUGUAUUUAUGAUGAUCUUAAAAUAAUUGAUUGUCUUAUUGAUAUUGAUUGGAGUGAAGUUGAUGAUUUAGUUAAAACAGCUAAUGCUAGACGAAGAUCAAUUGUUUAA